AUGGCCAAGGGCCAGAAGCGCCACCGAAUGGCCGACGAGCGCGACGGGAAGGUCGCCGUGCUCUGCUUCGCGUGCCGCCGCUCCACCGACACCACCAAGCAGGCCUCUCUCGCCGGCUUCUUUCGCAAGAGCACAGAGGCCGCGCCGCAGCAGCUGUCCGAGGACGCCCGGGCAGAGGACGCGCCCGCCGCCGCUGACGGCGGCGUCGGCGCGCUGCAGUGCAGCAGGUGCCGGCGCGUGAUGGAGCAGAAGUUGCCCAACCGGAAUGCCGACCCCUCCGCGCCGUCUGCGGCGGCGGGCUCCAAGUCGCGCGUGCUGCCGCAGAUCGCGCGGCUCCGGCAGUACCAGCGGAUUGCGUCCGAGCAGGGCAUCCCGUUCUGCGUCGCUGAGCACCAGGCAACGGCGAUGAUGCGAGAGGCGUGCAUUACUGCUGGCCCAUCAUCGCCUGGGCAUUGUGGCCGCAGACGGCGCUCGCGGCUGCGCAUCUGGCCCGAGGGGAUGGCGCCGCCCUCCAAGGGCGGCUUCAUGGGCCCGUUCCACGCCGACAACCUCGCGACUGCGUGCGGCACCUGCAACCUCAUGAAGGGGGCCAGGCGGAUCCGCGGCUAUGUCGAGGCUUGCCGCCACAUCGCGACGCACCGCGGCGGGCACGACUACGGCCGGUACCCGCACCGUUUUCGCAACAAUACCUCGAAGCGCUCUCGCUCGAGCUACGUGACGGCCUCGUCCACCCACUCCAAGACGCAUGCCCUCUCCAACGAGUCGUUCAACGCCAUCACGGCCCGCCCCUGCCACUAUUGUGGCAAGGAGAGCGACCCGCCCCGACACCACAACGGUCUCGAUCGGCUCGACUCCUCGCUGCGCGUGUACACCGAAGAGAGCGUCGUCUCGUGCUGCGGCGACUGCAACGUGAUGAAGUACACCUACUCCGAGGCCGACUUCCUCGCGCACGUCCAGCGCGUCGCCGACGCGAACACCGGCCAGGGCGAGGGCGAGGCAGGCGGGGCGGCGCGCAUGCUGGCUUGGGACGAGAACAGCGACGAGGAGGAGGCAGGCGUGGGCGAGCAGGCCCUGGAGCAGCCCGGGGGCGAGCCUGCGCCGAAUCCAUUCGCCGCGUUUGAGUUCGGCGGGGCAAAGUGA